GCGUUCCUUGGCCUGGCACCGAUGCCAUAGAACUUUUGACUCGGGAGCUCAGACAGGCAUCAGAAUCGCAUCUCUCUUUAGAAGCAUCCGGUCAGAUGUCUUUUCAGGUCUUGUUCUGAGCUGUAUGGACAGCUGCGCCCCGCAAGGAUCCAUUGUGGCAGAUGAGGACUCGUAAGAAUGUGAGGACUGGUAGAGGAUUCUGACCGUAGGAUUCACAGGCAUCCAUCUUUGCAGUUCUUGGAAUAUAUCAUUCAGUUAGCACCUUCUUCCUCCAGGGUUCUCUGAGCUUCAUCAGCUCGCCAUCGCUCUCUCCUCGGUCAUCUCAUAUUGCAUUCUUUUGGUCCUUGCAGUCAUUCUUCUUGCCAAGAGAUUUCUGUCCCUGUUGUGUCCCCCAUUGUUUGUCACGUCCCGUCCUGUGUCACGGGUGUCUGCACAUAUCUGUGCCGGAGCCGCUCUGCCCCGCUGCGUAGCCUGGUGCGAUAGGACCAGUCCCGGGGACUUGAGAUUUGUAGCGUGGGCUGUAGUUGGACUCUAGGUGGUAUUCCUAGAUUGACACAAGAUGUUUGGAGCUGUGAAGGUAUCCUGCAGCCCUUUGACGUAUAUCCUAACUUUCUUUCAGGUGCUGAUGCAUUAUAUCCUUGUCAGAGCGCCCCAUCCCGGGCUUGUGGGUUCCCAUGAGCAGGUCAGUCACUGUUUGUAUCUGCAGAGGAAGCAUAAAUGGUGACUAUGUUACAGCACUGUUCUUUGUCUUUAUUUUUAGGCAGUCAAGCCAGAGAGCAGCAGUCAAGGCUGAGUGGGCAAGCCAUCAGGACAGGCCAAGGAGUUGUGGCAGACUCUGCGACAAUGGCGUCAGCCUCCGAGCACGGCCAAAGCGUGCGGCCCGAGGUCCUGGGCAUUCUUAAGAAUAUGCAGCAGGAUAAAAUCCAUGGCAGAGCAUCCCAUCCUGGAUUAGGGGGUUCCCCUGAGCAGGAAGUAAAGCCAGAUAUCAGCAGUCAGGUUGAAGAGGGCAAGGCAAUUGACUCUGAGUGUCAUCUGGGUCGCCUUUGGCAACAGCCAUGGAGUUGCGGCAUACCCUGCAACGACGGUGUGGCCUCCGAGCGCAGCAAAAGCAUGUGGCCUGAGGAGCUGGGCAUUCUCUGGAGAACGCCGUCUAAGAGACAACGGCCCAGUGACAGCAGGAACUUCCCAGCUAGGGAGGCUGCCUUCCUUCACACCAGACAUGGAUUGGCAUCCCCAGAUGUCUGAGAUAAGUAGAGGGCUGUGACCCAGAGAGGAGAUGAAAGUGGGGUGCUGGUUCGGGACUCACCGGGAGGAGUUUUUGAGUCCGCUUUGGAGACGGGGAUGUGGAAGAAGCGGCCCCUUAGGCCACUGAAUGGGAAAGUGUCACUUUUGAUCACAGUGCUGAGGAAGUUAUGCCAGAGAGCAGCAGUCAAGUUGAGGAGGGCAAGGUGGUCCACUUGCAACUUCUCCCGGCCAAGGAUGCCCAAUGCCAGGUGCUGUCACUGCCCUAGGUGUGCCAAGGAAGAGAGGCAAGCGGGUAUCUUCGUGCCAGCCUCUGGAGUCAAAUCAAGAUUUGAGGUACCGUGAGGAGGCUUGUAGGCGAAGUUUGGAAACGGCUGCACCAAAGCACACGUCUCGAUGUCCACAUCCAACCGACGAUGGAUUUUGUUCGCUCAUCUUCCAAAAGCUAAGUGUUGGGGCGAGUAGUCGGGAGAAGGGGAAAAACCUUUGCUAUCACAGGAGGCAGUUUAAUGUUAGCUUAGCAGAGAGGUCUGUAGGGGG